AUGUCCGCCACCUCUUUAUUCGCCAUCACCGACCACGGUUCUCCCACCUAUGCUCAAAUCUUUGGACCCGUCUUCUGGGGGUUCUGCGUUGCCCUGGUACUCUGUGGUGUGAGCAUCUUGCAGGGGUACCUCUACUUUACGCGCUAUAACGACAAAAUCGGAGUACGUCUGGUGGCCGCGAUAAUGAUAACGCUGGACCUCAUUUCGAUGGUACUCAUCUGCCAGUCGAUGUACUACUAUAUGCUUCCGCACUAUGGUAGUUUUGCUCCCCUCGGAGCCGUCACCAAGGAGCUGACCGUCGAAUGUCUCAUCUCCGCGGUCAUCACCUUCACGUCCCAAAUGUAUUUCGUGUACCAGCUGCAUAUGGUUAAAAGUCCCCGCGCCGGAUCAACUGCGACGGUCAUGAAAGCACUCGUCGUUCUGUUCGCGACCAUAGGCCUAGCUGGCGCAACAGGUUGCGUCGUGAUGAUGUUUACGUUUCCGCAUAAUGUUUUUAUGCACCGAAACAUGGCAUUUGGCAUUCUUGCUGGUGUGGCGAAAGGCUUCGGCGCUGCAGCAGACAUCGUAGCCACAGUUGCGCUUUGCAUAUUUCUGAAGGAGGCCAAGACAGGCAUAUCCAAAACGUCGUCCCUCCUCCGCUCACUCAUGCACCUGGUCAUCAACCGCGGCAUCCUCGUAACCCUCGCGCAGUUCUUAUUGUUAAUCACUUUCUUCGCCUCCUCAGGCCACUUGUAUUGGCUAGCGGUGCAUAUCAACACCACCAAGCUUUACGUUUGUACUUUCUUUGGAAUGCUCAACGCACGGACAACGCUGCAAGAGCGUUAUGCCGCUGGCUCGGCCCACAUGUCGAUGUCGCUUUCCAAUGGAGAUAGCGCGACCCUCAAUUCGAGACGUAUGACCGGCGCAGGGCUAGCCGCGUAUUUCAAGAACACAGUCGCUGGUGCUGGCGGAAUUGUGAUGGACGAGAACAGCAAGGUCAUCGAGAAGAGUAGUAGCGACACGGAGUACGCCGUUUCUCUUGGGGAGAUUCGGGUCACCACUUCAUCCACGGUCGUGGAUAUGUGA